AUGCCACCCAAUCCGAAGAUAGAUCAACAGCCAACUGCUGAACACAGGUGGACAGAGAAUCAAGUGUGUAUCCGCCUCCAUAAGAUACACCUCAACCCCCAACUUCACCAACUCUUCUUCCUGAAACAUGACGACAAUUCACCCUCGUCCAUUCGAAUGGAACAACAACUAUCUUUGGAGGUACUGAGAGACACAAAAUGGAUGGAAUGGAUGAUCAAACACCAGAGAGUACUCAAAGAUAGUAGGACAGGUGGCUUGGUGGUAAGGGAUCAGUGGCCUAGGGGUCUAAGAGUUGUUAGUAGGCUUUUUGACGAGUUACACCCUUUAGCAGAGAAGAUAAAAUGCUGUCUUGGAAAGGUACGGUCCAAGCAGCUCAAGAAAGAUCCAUUGGUACAUCGCCUAUGGAAAAAAUGGCAAGAUGAAUCAAGACAUACAUGGAAUUUCAAAUACGUAGCCAUCAAAACUACAUUAAAUCCUAAGUGGAUAUAUACCAAAUCAUCUUUUAGUAAUAGUAUAGGGAUAGGUCAAGAUAUCCAGUCGGGUUUAAUCAUCCAAAAUGACCCGGGUCAAUCUACUACGAAUCACACUCACCCCUCUGUCAAUGGAAACCACAAUUACGGAAGUAUAUCUGAUCCCCACUCCACUGUCCAACUUACAAGAUCCAAACAUAGGUUGGAUUUCGACAAAAUCCUCGCACGGGUCGAAGGUCGUCCCCCUUUUAGCGCCACAUCUCCCACCCAUUCAAACACUCUACGCCCUCCUCAAGUUAUUUCGAUCGGGAAAGACGAACUGCAGGACGGUGCUACAUGUAUGUCUUCACCCAGUGAAUCGCCUUCAAUUACGAAUAGAGAUAUAUCUGAGGUUCUCACGACGGAAUCGUUAUCAGGAUAUUAUAAUUCGAUGAAUGAUAUCAGUCUUGAUCCUCCCCUGGAAUUAGCAGGAAAUCGAUCGUCCGCUACUCUCAUCAUGAAUUCGGAUCCAGAUUCCACUUUGGUCCAUUCUCAUUUGCAGACCCUUUCCGCGAAGUCACAGAGAUAUCAUAUACCAAAAAAGGAGAAAGAGGAAGGCUCAGAGAGAGACCAACGUUUGAUAUCAGCUCUAUUAAUCUUUAUCGCCCUCGAACCAGAAUAUCUACAUUCAAGAUGUAUGUCGAAACUCCAAGUCAUCUAUGAAGGAACUCUUAAUUCACGUGAAGAAGCGAUCAUCCGCAUCGUUCAGCAGAUGGGUGGUCAGACAAGGGAAGCAAGGGAAGGUGAUAUUGUCAUUACUGUAGAUGAGGAUAGACUCAAACAAAGGUACAGACUCGUUUCCGGUGAUCAUCCUACCAAUCAAGAGAAAAACAGACAGAGUGAUCAAGAUCAUGUUGCGAUCACUUUGGUGGGAUUGGUAGAGCUUAUCGGAGAAUGUCGUAAAAAGGAAUUGGAAGAGAGAACGAUGGAUUUACUUACUUUUUGA